AUGCCCGAAAGAGGCAAUCAUGGAGACGACCCCGACGUGGAGAGAUCAGGACCAUCGGUUAUGAUCGAUUCAGCAGUCCAUCUGCGAGUUGCGGCCAUUGGGCCGCUUGCGAUAUGGCGAGAUUCGACGGCAAAUGGGUCGACGGCCGGAAUCUGGAGAAGAAAAGCACGAGAGGAUUGGAAAGCCAUUGGCAAUCGAUUGGCAAUCGAAAUCUAUCCGCGCCUCAUUUCGCUGAGCACCGGUCACCUGCCCACGAAAACGAAGCGCUUCGAAUCGGAACGUCGAGACGGGCCUUGGCGUCUGGCCGCCGGGACGAUUCGGGGACGACUCGGGGACGAGAGCUGGCGCUGUCAGGGGCUGGCCGGGCAAAGGGCUGGCGCCCCGCAGCGCACUCCAGGUGCUAGAGCGCUGCAGCUGGUGUUGAGCCCCCCUGACUGGACGCCGCAUUACAGCGAGGCACAGCUCCUUGGAGCAGCUCCAAUUCCCCAGAGCGGCCCCCACUGCAGGCUAGGCGGCACAGGGGAUGCGAGAGCCGCCUGA